AAGCAGACUCUCAAUAUGUUCCGUCUUGUAACCAGAUCUUACGUCACCAAAGAAGGUAUCGCCAACUCUAUUAAAGAAGCAGGUAAAACUGUAAAGGAAACCAUUUUGGGUGGAGCCAACCAAGCAGAAAAAACUCUCAAGGACAAAGUAGGCGACGCUCAAGAAGCCGGUGCUUCUCUUAAAGACAAACUUCUGGAAAAGACAUCACAAGCAGCAGAUACCAUCAAGGACAAAGCAGGUGAAGCUCAAGAAACUGGUGCUUCCAUUAGAGAUCAAGUCAAGGGUGAAACCAAACAAGCAGGAAAAACUAUCAAGGACCAAGUCGAUGAAACCCAAUCAGCAGGUGCUUCAGUUAGAGAUAAACUUGUGGGUGAAGGAAAAGCAGCAACAAAAUCCAUGACAAACGAAGCUAUUGAACAAGGCAAGCAAGCUAAGGAAACCAUAAAGGAUAAGUGGAACAAUCCUAAACAAGCCACAGAGGAAUUUAAGGACAAGUUUAUUGGGGAAAAACCAGAAGCUAUUAAAGAUAGACAAACUGCCCGAGUCCGUGAUAAUUAUAAAGGAUAUGCUAGUUUACAAGAUAAAGGACGUAAGGCUCCUAGUGAACAAAAUCGUCCCGAAGAUGGUCUCUAG